AAAACAGCAGAAUUGGCUGUUUUUGUGUGGGGAGGCGUGGCUCCCGGAGCUGAGAAGAUAGACUGGGACAGCUGAUGGACAAAUGCCUCUGUCGGCGUAAGGAACCACAGAGCUCGGAGACAUGGAGUCGGACAACAUGUUUCAUCCCAGCCUUUCUGCGGCCCUGAUGAAGUUGGAUCCCGAAGACGGCGGGAAGAUGGUGGAGUACUUCCAAACGCACGCGCUGCUGGCCAGAGAGAAAGCUCUCCUGCAGGCGUCCGUGCGCGAGCAGAAGAAGCUGCUGGUGGAAAACGGCAAACUGAAGAAGGACAUCGAGGAGCUGCGGCACGAGCUCCGCGACAAGCAGAGGAGACGCGUGGCUAAGGCCCUCGUCUCACCGAGCAGAGCCGCCAAUCCAGCCGCUUCGCCCGCCCCCGCCGCGUCGCCGUCCCGCUCGGUCGACCUCCAGGCGACUGGUAGGCAAAGAGGAGAGAAAACAGCCGCUCCCGAAGCGCUCCUGCCGCCGCCACCGGCGGCCCCCGCAGUUGACGUCUCCCGCCUGGACCUGAGAGUCGGACGUAUCCUCGGCGUUCGCCGCCACCCGCGUGCGGCGAGUCUGACUGUUCACGACGUCGACGUGGGAGAGAAAGCCCCGCGCCCGGUCGUCGGCAAGCGCCGCCCGGGUGACCAACAACCGCUCGCCGGCUCGCUCGCCGUCCUGCUCUGCAACGUCAAGGCCUGCAAAGUGAGGGGCGCGGCUUCGCAGGCCCGCCUCCUGCGCUGCUUCCGGUCCGACGGCCCGGUCGAGCUGCUGGCCCCGCCGGCGGGUUCCAACCCUGGAGACAGAGUCACUUUCCUCAACUACCCGGGUGAACCUGACCGGGAGCUGAAGGCCAAGCAGCGGGUGUGGGAUCACGUUCAGCCCGGCCUACUGGUGGACGCCGAGGGUGUGGCCAACUACAAGGGUUGCGGCUUCCAGGUGGAGGGCAAAGGCCUGUGCAGGGCGCCGUCCAUCACCAACGGCACUAUCCGAUGCACAUAGACGGGCCACCUGCGCCGUUUUGCGGACACAACGGGGUCGCACCGCGGUGGUGCUGUUGUUGUGAUGAGCCCCGCAAUCAUUGCUGUCAUCGGUGCUUUGCUGUUCUCUGAUGUGCCGAGCUUUUGAACGGUCGUGCGUGCAAGCAGACAAUAAACCUGAGCAAACUG